CUGUGCAUACACCCAGAGGUCAGCAAAGAAACCAACAACUCCGUUAAAGUCCACAUGUGCCAAGCCAAGGUCAAGUCCCGUACAUGUCUCUUCUACAAUCAGGUGGAGUCGCGGCGCACGGACAAGCUGCUGACCGAGAUGCCCGUCACGGACAUCGAGGACCUGGCGCAGCUCGGCAAGAAGCUCAACUUCUGCCCGUACUACAUGGCCCGCUCCAUGAAGGAGGCGGCCGACAUCAUCUUCCUGCCCUACAACUACCUGCUCGACCCGAAGACGCGCAAGGCGAACGGCGUUGAGCUGCAGAACAGCGUCGUCAUAUUUGACGAGGCGCACAACAUCGAGAAAAUGUGCGAGGAGUCGGCCUCUCUGCAGCUCAAGUCUACGGACAUCGCGCUCUGCGUGGACGAGAUCACGCAUGUGCUGACCCAGCUGGUGUCGCCGGAGGCGGGGGCUGACCCGGAGUUCGGCUCCGCGGCGGCGGCCGCCGAGCUCAGCGCCGAAAAUCUGAUGCUGAUGAAGGCCAUGCUGUUGGAGCUGGAGAAGUCCAUCGACGCCAUCCCCAUACCGAAUCCGAGCGAAGGCGCCGACUUCCCAGGCAGCUUCAUGUUCGAGCUGUUGGAGCGGGCCGAGAUCACGCACGGCAAGCGCGCCAUCAUCGUUGAGGAGCUGGAAAAAGUGAUCUCAUACCUGGCGAAUACGGCCACCUCGGUCUUCUCCCGGCGCGGCAACGGGCUGCAGAAGUUCGCCGAUCUCAUCAAGGUCGUCUUCAACCGGGACACGUUCGACGUGGCCCACAUGAACCGCGUCAAGAAAUGCUACAAGGUACACGUCGGGGUGGAGCAGCAGAGGGCCGGCAAGAGGUCGCAUUCGGACCCCUGGCAGAAGGCGCAAAAGACGCCCGACUGUCGCGUGCUCUCCUACUGGUGCUUCAGUCCCGGCUUCGGGAUGGCGGACCUGAUGGAGCAGGGCGUCAAGUGUGUGCUGCUAACCAGCGGCACGCUGGCGCCGCUCGGCUCCUUCACCUCGGAGCUGCAGGUACCGUUCCCAGUGAGCCUGGAGAACCCGCACAUCAUCGGCCCGGACCAGGUGUGGGUGGGCUGCGUGAGCCGCGGCCCGGACGGCACCCAGCUCACCUCCACCUACCAGAACCGCGGCAGCGCGCGCUACCUCGGCUCGCUCGGCCAGACGAUCGCCAACCUGAGCCGCAUCGUGCCCGACGGCCUGCUGGUCUUCUUCCCGUCGUACUCGAUGCUGCGCGCCUGCCACGAGGCCUGGCAGCUGAGCGGCGUCUGGGGCCGCAUCGCCGGCAACAAGUCGGUGUUCGUGGAGACGGGCGGCAAGGAGGUGUUCGCGCAGAACAUGGCCGAUUACUACGACCGGAUCGUCAGUCCGACGGAGGGCACGCGCGGUGCCUGCUUCAUGGCCGUGUGCCGCGGCAAGGUGUCCGAGGGCCUCGACUUCUCGGACAGGAAUGGGCGAGCCGUUAUCAUCACGGGCCUGCCGUACCCGCCGCUGAAGGACCCGCGCGUCGUCCUCAAGCGCCAGUACCUGGACGAGACGCGCGCCGCGGCCGCCUCCCACCUGAGCGGCCAGGACUGGUACCGGCUGGAGGCGUCGCGCGCCGUCAACCAGGCGGUGGGCCGCGUCAUCCGCCACCGCACCGACUACGGCGCCGUCAUUCUGUGCGACUCACGCUUCGGUGACCCCGGCUUCAGCGGCCAGCUCUCGGCCUGGGUGCGGCCCUUCCUGAAGGUGCACAGCGCCUUCGGGCCGGUUGUGCGCGAGCUGACCGGCUUCUUCCGUGCGUGCGAGGCCAAGGUGGGUGCCCGCAGCGCGAUGUGUGGGGAUACUUGA